UUCAGAACCCACUAAGCAUCAGGAAUCGAUAAUCCAAAAGUUCGUCGUCCGGAAUGUUUUUCCGAUCAACUUCCCAGGAAAUUUCUUUUAGCCGAUCUUCAUCAAUAUUUUCAUUUUCAUUGAAAUCUUGUUGAUCAGGUUUGAAUUCCCCCAUCUUCUUCCUCCUCUCCGACCUCGUUUCUGGUAUCGAAAUCUUUUGCCCCUUUCUUCACUCCCAUAUCGGUCAUCACCUUCGUGAAAGCAGGAUCCCAGUUCCCGGUUUCCUCUGUUACCCAUUUUGGAUACAUUUUACAUUAACCCAUGCAAUACGAUCGUAACUGAUUCCUUACGCUUCAAGUCCUUGUUUCAAAUUUCGCAUUUCUGACAACUGAUUUCUUCCACUUUUGCUCACAACAUCUUUAAAUGAUCUUUCUCCCCACAUUGGUGCAUAGUUUGAUCAUGGAAUAUUUGAGAUGAAUUUAAAAUCUGAUUAUUUUCAACCAUCAAAAGGCGUGAAGGAGACACCCUUCCAUCUUCUCCAAGAUACAAUCAAGAAACGCAGUUGUUAAGAAAUGUUCUAUACCAACCUCACAAAAGGUCAAUUUGAAGAUUGGAUUAUCAAUUCAGUUAUCCUCGUUCGACAUUCUUGUUCAUGGCAGAUCAACAUUCCGACGAACAUGUGAAUACAUCUAAUGUUGAUGUUAAAAGUUCAGAACCAAAAACUGUGGCAGAUCAACGUUCUGAUGAAACUUUGAAAUCAAAAGCAGAUAAACUUUCAGAUGCCGAAGGUGCAACCACGAGUAAUGUUACUGUUGAAAGUUCUGGAUCAACAGUGGAGAUUAAUAUCAAGACGCUAGAUUCACAGUUACACAGCUUUCAUGUCGACAGAAAUAUGCCAGUUUCAUUAUUCAAGGAAAAGAUAGCUGGUGAAGUUGGCCUUUCAGUGGAACACCAACGACUGAUCUUUAGAGGCAAAGUGUUGAAAGAUGAAGAUCUUCUUUCUGAAUAUCACGUUGAAAGUGGACAUACACUGCAUCUAGUGUCUAGACAACCAUCUGAUAUUCAAGUCGCAUCUGACUUCCAUGAUGCAGAUGACACAUUUUCAACUCAAAGCAAUACAGAUGCUAAUUCUAUUGGUGGGCAUGUUUCCCAAAAUGAAGGUGGUAGUUCAGAUAUAACUCAGGUGAUUGGGGCAGUUUUGAAUUCCUUUGGGGUAGGGGGUCAAAGUCAAACCUCCAUUGGCGUAUCACAACCAAAUAUGCAGUUUAGCAUUCCCAUGCAAGUUACCCAAGGAAAUGAAAGAAACCCUACUCCUACUCAAUCACCAGCACUCGUACCCACAAUUACUACUCCAAUUCCUGAUUCUUUAAACACAAUUACUGAGUUCAUGAACCAUAUGGAGCAAGCAUUAUCACAAAAUGGGCAUCACCCAUCAGAUAGUAGUGCAACAGAAUUGCCUUGUAAUGCUCAUGGCUUACCAUCACCAGCAGCUUUAGCAGUUGUUAUGAGACAUGCACAACGUCUUCUCAGUGGACCUGUUGUUCAUUCUUUAUCUAAAACAGCAACACGACUGGAGGAAGAGGAAGGUUCUACUCAUGAUGUCACAGUGAGAACCCAAAUCCAAUCAGAAGCCAUGCAGUCUGGGCUUGCCAUGCAACAUUUAGGUGCUCUUUUGCUAGAGCUUGGUCGUACAAUGCUCACAUUGCAUAUUGGAGAAUCUCCUGCUGAAUCUUAUGUAAACCCUGGGCCAGCUGUUUAUAUAUCUCCAUCGGGUCCUAAUCCUAUAAUGGUUCAGCCCUCUCCUCUACAAACCAAUUCUCUAUUUGAUAGUCAUGCAAAUGCAAAUGCAAAUCCUGGAGCUUAUACUCCUAUUGGAAUUGGAAGUAUCCCAAGGCACAUUAACAUACAUAUUCAUGCUGGAGUAAGGGAAACUAAUGUUGAAUCAUCAAAUCAAGCAAAUGUUGAUCUUCCACAGGCUCCAAUGGAUACACAAGGUGUUGGAAAUGUUGUUUCAAGUAGUACAAGAAUGAAAUCUUUAAGUGAAACAGAAGGUGCUUCAUCAUCAUCCAGUGGGAGGAGUAGUAUCCCUACAAAUGCUUCUUCCAUUCCUGUUGGACUUGGUUCAGGGGGUUUACAACAUAAGAAGCGACAUUGGCCAACAAGAUCAGAGGUUGUUGGUAGUGGCCAAUCAGAUCCAUCUGCAACAAUGAAUCAAGUUAUGCAAGAUCCUACUUUAUCUGGUCUCCUAUCAGGACUUUCAAAUCAAAACGGGAAUAAUUCUCAAGAUUUCUUUAAGAAUCUAAUGAAUCAAGUUUCUCAAAACCCUACAAUGAUGAACACCAUUAAUCAACUUGCUCAACAGAUGGAUGGUAAUCAAGAUCUAGGUGGCAUGCGUAGUGGGCCCAGGAGUGGAAAUCUUGAUAUAUCAAGUAUGGUUCAACAAAUGAUGCCAUUUGUCUCUCAAGCUCUUAAUCAUGGGAGUUCAAGUUCAAAUAUGCUUCAACCCACUCCAUCAAGAAAAGGUGGUCUUAAUAGACGUUACAGCAGUGUGAAGAGUUUGAACACUAAUGAAAGAUCAAGUGAUUUUAAGAUGAAUCUAGAACAUUUGGCCCAGAAAAUCGUGGACCAAUACCCACCUUUAGAAAUCUUUUCAUCACUAGUUGAAACUGCUUCUGGAUUAUACAACAGUGCAUAUGAUACAGGAGCACUUGAUGAGUUAUGUUCAGAAGAGGAGUUGGCUCAGGAAUUUAUGGAGAUGUUGAAACGUGAUAUUUCUAGAAGACUUCAAGGAGAUAGACGAUGAUCAUAGCUCUUUUUUUUUUUGGUUACUUUUUACUAUUUUACAAUGGAAAUGGAUUUUUUUUUUUUUUUGGGUUGCUCAUUUUUUUAUUCUUUAAUUUCUAUUGAAUUCAAUCAAUUGGUUAAAGCAUUUAAAGCAAUCAAGAAGAGUAAA